CCAGUGAUGAGAGUGCCCGGAUGCGGAGCUGCUCUGUGGCCACUUAGAGUUGCUGAAUGAGGGAGAAAAUGCCACUUCCCGUUCAAGUGUUAAAUUUUCAGUGAUAAAACUUUGAGCUCCUUCUCGGACCUUCUGGAUAGCAACAGUUCCUGCACGGAGCAGUGGAACCAAUGCAGAUAGAUGCUGACCCUCAGGAUGAUCAGCAGAAUGCACCUGACACGAACUACGUGGUGGAAAAUCCCACACUGGAUCUGGAACAAUAUGCGGCCAGUUACAGUGGUUUGAUGCGAAUUGAGAGGCUUUUGUUUAUUGCAGAGCACUGUCCGCAGCUACGCAUUGAAGCCCUGAAGAUGGCACUGUCUUUUGUUCAAAGAACAUUUAAUGUAGAUAUGUAUGAAGAAAUCCAUCGCAAGUUGACAGAAGCCACAAGGGAAACUCAGUGUGUACCAGAUACAGUGCCUGAAUCAGGUCUGGAGCCCCCUACACUGGACACAGCUUGGGCAGAGUCUACACGGAAGAAAGCUUUACUGAAACUGGAGAAAUUAGAUACAGAUUUAAAGAAUUACAAGGGAAAUUCUAUCAAAGAAAGCAUCAGGAGAGGGCAUGAUGACCUCGGUGAUCACUACCUAGACUGUGGGGAUCUUAGUAAUGCACUGAAAUGUUACUCACGAGCCAGAGACUAUUGCACAAGUGCAAAGCACGUCAUCAACAUGUGUUUGAAUGUCAUCAAGGUCAGUAUCUACCUCCAAAAUUGGUCCCAUGUUCUCAGUUAUGUAAGCAAAGCAGAGUCUACUCCAGAGAUUGCAGAGCAAAGAGGUGAGAGGGACAGUCAGAAUCAAGCCGUGCUGACCAAGUUGAAAUGUGCAGCGGGCUUAGCAGAGUUAGCAACACGAAAAUACAAGCAAGCAGCCAAAUGCUUCUUACUGGCUUCUUUUGAUCACUGUGACUUCCCUGAGCUGCUGUCUCCCAGCAAUGUAGCAGUUUAUGGAGGACUUUGUGCACUGGCCACUUUUGAUAGGCAAGAACUUCAAAGGAAUGUCAUCUCCAGCAGCUCUUUUAAGUUAUUUCUUGAAUUGGAGCCACAAGUGCGAGAUAUCAUCUUCAAGUUUUAUGAGUCAAAAUAUGCUUCCUGUUUGAAAAUGCUAGAUGAAAUGAAGGACAACCUUCUGCUGGAUAUGUAUCUAGCUCCACAUGUCAAGACACUCUACACACAAAUCAGGAACAGAGCCCUUAUUCAGUAUUUCAGCCCAUAUGUUUCUGCUGACAUGAACAAGAUGGCUAUUUCUUUCAACACCACAGUUGGUGCACUGGAGGAUGAGCUGACACACCUUAUCCUGGAAGGAUUAAUCAAUGGUAGAAUUGAUUCACAUAGCAAGAUUCUGUAUGCCAGAGACGUAGAUCAACGCAGCACAACAUUUGAAAAGUCUUUGCAGAUGGGCAAAGAGUUCCAAAGAAGAGCAAAAGCCAUGAUACUCCGAGCUGCUAUUCUGCGCAAUCAAAUCCACGUUAAGUCCCCUCCAAGAGAAGGAAGCCAAGGUGAACUUAAUUCUGCAAACAGUCAAACUCGAAUGAGCACCAACAUGUAAAGAAAUAAAGACCCUGUUAAAGAAGAACCAGUGCUGUGUGCUUUGCCUUCCACAGUUCUUCAACAAAGAACUGCUUUUUUUGGCUUUAAAGAAAUUCAAACAAUUGUAGAAGUGAACCUCUAUCCUGCUGUUUUUGGGGGCACGAAGAAAGUUUUGUUGUUUAAGUUAAACAAAAAAAUCCUUUGGAUUAAAGAAGAUGACGAACUGUGUGCUACAGGAUCUGAAUCUUUACUUAAAAACAUUUUUUAAUUAUUUUCAGGAUCCUAAUUGUGAUAUGUGGGAGAGCGCUCUGAACAGCCGAAUGGCAAGGUUUUAGUUUCUACAAAACUGUGAAGAGUGUUGGAAUUAAUAAAUAGAGGAUAUUGUACCAGAGAAUAUUACUGUUAGUUCAAGAGUGGUAAAAGCCCAUGACUAUGGAAUAGAACAAAUAAGAGCAGGUUAUGGGAGUCUCUUGCACAUGUAAAAGCAGUGACGAUCAUUGGUGCAAUAUUCUAUUCAUUCUAGAGGCAUUGUUGAAAAGUACUUUUAAAGAUUUGACAUAAUGUAAAAUAAUAAUUGCAUUGUUUUAGUAAAGGUCUUGGUUCAAUUUUUUACUUUAUCCUUUCAGUUGUCACAUAUUUCUUUCAGUCAAGGCAAUGGCAUAAAUUCUUAAGGCAUUUUGUGCUGCUUUGAAAUUGGUGGAUGAAAUAUGUAUUUGCAUAGUUAGACUUGGAAGUUCUUUUCCUUUAUUGCCUAUAGUCUCCCCUCUUCCCACUACCACCCUGGCAGCCCACAGUUACCAUAGCCUGUUGAGAUUUAAUAUGCCAAGUUCAAGCAUUGUCUGAGCUAGCGUUCAGAUGUAAAACAUUAUUGUAUUCCAAUAAUUGAAUAUUGUAGUAUCAGUUGUGUCCCGAAAUGUCAGUUUGAAUUUCAUUGACUAGGAGUUAAUAAUACUUUACAACAAUGCCUAUAGAAAGGACUGUUCUAGUUUGUCAUUAUCCACGUUUUUGACUGGUGUUUCUAAUUUUCCCAUGAAAAUGUAUGAUGUCAUAGUUGAUGAUCAGUAAUUAGUUGUUCGAUUGCUGCAGUAAUUGUUGGCUCGAUCUUAAGAGUAUUAAAAAAAGAAUAUGAAUUCAUCAUUAGUUUAAACUUUAAUGCUCUGUAUGUAUGAUACAAAUUCUUCAACUCUGGCAUCACUCCCAAGUAACAUUCAAAAUAAAAGUAUGGUUUAUUUUAUUUAAUAAAAGAAAAUUUAAUUACAAUUUUUCAAUAGUAGUAAAACACAAAAAUAGAAAUAUACAGAUUAUAUGGAGUGAGUGUCUUACUAUUAGCAGCGCGUUACAGGUUUUCUUUUACAAUUGUGACAGAUGAUGACAUGAGAGUUCUGGUGGGAUUUUGAGUUUCUUUAACACAAGUAAACUCUUGGAAUUCAUUGUUACAUAUGAGAAAUGUGGUUUCUUCUUUGGGUGUGCUUAGCCUUGUGGAAUCUCAUGCUUUUCAAACUACUCGAAGCACUACAAUAGCAAGUAAUUAAAUUCAGUUUAGAACGAUGUAAGUUACCUUUGGAACACAAUAAGCCGGUCACCAGCAGGGAGGAAAGCUGUGUCCCCUGAUCUUUUAACUGUUCUGUUUAUGGGCUAUAUUGUGACUAGUUUCACAUUUUUGUUCCUGUAUUUUUUUUAAUUGCCUUGAGGGCAGGCUCAUUGUCAUGUCAGAAUAAAGGAAUUGGUGUUUGUUAAUCUGUAAUACAUUGCACGUCAACAAUACAAUGUUUCCCGCACGAAUUUAGAAACAUUUUAUAAUUACAUAUAAAACAUUAAAAAGUUAUUGAGGCCUAUUUACCACUUCUAAAUCUAAAUAGUUUUAAUUAAGUUUAGUUGUCCAAAAAAUGGACAAAGGGGCAAAUAUAUCCCCUUUAACAAUUAUCUUGAUGCUUCCUAGCUAUUCAGUUAUAACUACAGUUGCUAGGACUGAGUAAUGAAUAAAGUACUGUUUUGCUUUCCUCCCACUGUGUCGGGAAAGAAAUAAAGUUCUCACCUCUUGCAUGUAGGAAUGUAACAGUGCCAUUCUUGGACUUAAAUUGAUCCCUCCUCAGAUAGGAAGUUGAAGUAGCUUUCUUUUUCCAUUCAGCUAAAUUUAUAGUUAAUGUCAAGUUGUACAAUCUAUACAAUGUCAAUUAACAAAAGUCUAAAUUUAAACGAGAGUAAAUUUUAAAUUCUGUUACAACUAUUUGAGUUGAUCGUGGCAAGCAGAAGUUCUUCACUGCACAAAGAUAUAAUUAAAUCCUGUGUGAUUUUGGAUGUAUAUUUAACAUACAGAUGAAUGUCCUGUUGAUAAGCCAAGAAAUUAUUUGAAAGAUGAGCAGAAAUGCAUUACUAAGAUGGAAUUGUUUCAUUUGAGGAUUUCUAUUUUGUUGACAGCACAGAAACAUCAGCUAAUUUGCAAUUAAUUGAGUAAAAAACUACUUGAGGCUUCUCGCAAAACUACUAAAAUCAGGCCCGCCUCUUUUGUUUGAAAUUUAACGUAGGACCUUCAAGUAUUUGGUACGAUUUUCAUUAUAUUUUCUUAUAUUAGUGCAUGAUAUUUAAAAUGUAUGAGUGUUUACAUUGAGAGUAUUUUGAAUUUGUUUUUAAACAGAUCAAGCAAAUAUAAAACCAGAUUUACCUCAUUAUCGUGUUUAUCCUUUGUCCCAGUCUUUCCAUUACUCACCCUGUAGGUGUUAUGGUAUACCAUUCUCAGAUUUCGCCUUCCCUGCAUGGAAUAUGCUGAGGCAUACAUUGUUUUAAUGAACAUUUGGUAAGUUUUAGUGAACCAAGCACUGUACCAGGUUCACAAUUUUAAAAUUUCCUAAUAGAAAACUGCUAUCAAUGCAUUUUGUAAAUUCAAAGACAAUAUCUUUCUGGUCAUGCAUUCCUGUUAAUUUAUUGGUUUAGCACUGCAGGUUCCAUGAUUAUGACAGAAAGUUCUUUUAAAAUCUUUCAUUAAAUUUCAGUAUACAAGAAAUUAUUCAUCAAAAGUCUUACUAAUAUUUGACUGGACUGGAUUUCCUGAUAUUGAAACUUGAAUAAAAAUGUGAAAAUGGGUAUUUAACAAAAUGACCAAAUAAAUCUUGCAGGAACUAAUUGGCCCAGUAAAAGAAAAUGUAUACUUACCCCCCCCCCCCCCCGCAACUAAAUAAAAGGCUACUUAUCAAAAGGAUUAUAUUAUUCUAUUUGAUGACUCUAUAUGUUUUGAAGAUAUCAGUAGUGGAGAGGGCUAAGAAGUUUCAGAGAAGCCCUGAAAGAAAAGAUUCUUUUGCUAGUGUUAGUGAGCUAAAUGGAAUCAACAUUCUUGCUUAUUAAUUCUCACAUAUCUCCAAUUAAGAAAAGAUGAAUCAGCUUGCUUCAGAAUAUUUUAAAAUUUAAAUCUCUUUAAUCAUAACUCAAUAGAUUUUCACAUAUCCGUUUUUUGUAGCUGUGAAGGUGUGCAUAUUGGCAAUUCAUUAGACCUGAGUAGGUCAUUAUUUUAUGCAAGUCUGUUUAUCACCAUUACAAAGACCAUUUUUCUCUAUUAUGUACACUAAAAGUUUAGGAUUGCAGGUUUUGUAAACUGCUGCUGUUUUGAUCCAGUUGAACAUAUAUAAAGUUUGCCACCUUGGACCUAACAUUGAUAUAACAUAUCACCAGAUAAAUGCUGAUUAGUAAUGAUGAGAAGUCACAGUCACCUGUAAUCCAUGAUCCUAGAUCUUUGAAAUGUAAUGGGCUGAUAUAAAACAUCAAAAAGCUAUUGCAGCUCUGCUUUUCUACGUAAAGCAUGCUGGUACAUAGGUGCCUAUACUGUCCAAAUGCUCCUAGGUCUCUUUAUAUCAAUAUUUCUAGUGGCAUACCAUUCUGGUGUAUGUUCUAUGUACUUCAAUUUGGAUUCCCAAAAUUCAUCACCUCAGGCCUAAUGGGAUUACAUUCCAGCUGUCAAUGAUCUGCCAAUUUUUUAGUUAGAUUUAUAUCCUUCUAUACCUUAAACAAUAUUCCUUGCUGUCCUUACUGCCAACAACUUUUGUGUCACCUGUAAACCUAUCCAACAUAUCUUUUAAUGUCCUAAGAUUUAAACUAACAAACUGCAGGAGAUGUAUUUGUUCCUUUUAUGUAACUGUCAAAUUUAUGAACAUUGAAGUUUGUCAAUGAAGUUGAAAUUUCAAAUUGGAAUGAAAUGUACAACCCAAGAACACAGAUUUUGUUUUAAACUUUUAUAAAUUAUGUACAUUCAGUUCCA